UCUUCCGGCUCCUCCAUGGCUUCCUCCUCCUCGGCCGCGGCGUCGGCGGCCGCGCUCGAGGCCGUGCAGGUCCUCGUCGCCUCCCUCGCCGACGACUCCCCGCGCGCCCGCGACUCCGCCCUCGCCGCGCUCCGCGAGAUCGCGCCGCUGAACCCGCUGCUCGUCCUCGACUGCUGCGCCACCGUCUCCCGGGGCGGCCACCGGCGCUUCGGCAACAUGGCCGGGGUUUUCCUCGUCAUGGCCUCCGCCGUCAGGGCUCUCGACCGCCGGGAUGCCGAGCGCGAGUUCCUCCGGAAGAUCGCCAAGAUUGCCACCGCCGAGAUUGUCAGCUCGAAGGAUUUUAAUGUUGAUUGGCAAAGAGCAGCAGCUACUCUCCUUGUUGCCAUUGGGUCGCAUGACCCAGAUUUGAUGAUGGAGGAGAUAUUUCUUUACUUCUCUGGACCAACUUCUGCUUUGCCAGCCAUGUUACAGAUCCUUGCAGACUUUGCAUCCGCUGAAGCCCUGCAGUUCACUCCACGAUUGAAGGAUGUACUUUUGCGCGUUUUACCUAUCCUAGGAAGUGUACGAGAUGGCCAACGACCUGUUUUUGCAAAUGCAUUUAAGUGUUGGUGCCAGGCUGCAUGGGUGUAUAUAGGAGACGCCUCUUCAGGGCUUCCUUUCGAUGAUGAUGUCAUGUCCUUCAUGAAUUCAGUAUUUGAAUUACUUCUAAAAGUAUGGACGGGAUCCCGUGACCUAAAGGUCCGUUUGUCUUCUGUGGAGGCUUUGGGAGAAAUGGUUGGCUUGGUCACUAGGUCACAGUUAAAAUCAGCUCUGCCAAGGAUUAUACCAACAAUGUUGGACCUAUGUAAGAAAGAUCAAGAAGUGGCUUUUACCGCGGCCCACAGUCUUCAUAACCUUCUUAGUGCAUCAUUACUGUCAGAAAGUGGCCCCCCUUUACUUGAGUUUGAGGAGCUAACUGUUGUCUUAAUUACUCUUCUUCCUUUAGUAUCUGUCAACAUCAGCAAAGAUGAACGCUCAUAUAUUUCGAAGGGAUUGAAGACAUACAAUGAACUCCAGCACUGUUUCUUGGUAACUGGAUUAGCAUAUCCCGAGGAUCUGUGCAUGUUCCUCCUGAGUAAAUGCAAGUCAAAAGAUGAAGCAUCAAUUGUUGGGGCACUUGGAACAAUAAAACAUCUAUUGCCCAGGUUGUUGGAAUCAUGGCAUACUAAGCAAACAUUAUUGGUUGAAAUAGUCAAAUCACUUACACAGGAGCAGAGCUUGGGUAUUCGAAUGGCACUAGCUGAGCUAAUUGUUGUUAUGGCUUCACAUUGCUACUUGAGUGGGCAUCCUGCUGAGCUCGCGGUUGAGUUUUUGGUGCGGCAUAGUGCUAUAACCGACGAUGAUCUAAAUGAUCUCAACACUCUGAAAAAUGAGUACUUUCAGGACAAAAGAUUUGAGAUGAAAAUAAGUCUUGCUGGUCUAUCUGAACUAAGAGCUGUAUGUGAAAAGGGUCUACUUUUACUAGCAAUUACCAUUCCUGAAAUGGAGCUUGUUCUAUGGCCAUUUCUCUUGCAGCUGAUAAUCCCAAAGAAGUAUACAGGUGCAGUAGCUACGGUCUGCAAAUGCAUAACUGAAUUGUGCAGGCAUAAAUUGUCGCAGGCAAACCCACUAUAUACUGAAUUUAAUGCCUCAAAUGAAAUGCCCAGUCCCGAGGAUCUGUUUGCUCGUUUGCUGGUGCUUCUGCAUAAUCCACUUGCUAGGGGGCAACUCGCUACCCAGAUCCUGACGGUGCUGUGCUACUUGGGUCAACUUUUCCCAAGAAACCUUUCCUUAUUUUGGGAAGAUGAGGUCCCUAAGAUGAAAGCUUACAUCAGCGACCCUGAAGAUCUUAAGCAAGAUAGCACAUACCAGGAAAUAUGGGAUGCCAUGAUAAUCAAUUUUUUAGUUGAAUCCUUGGAUGUUGUGAAUGAUAAUGUGUGGGUCAUAUCCUUGGGCGAUGCUUUUGCUAGACAAUAUGAUCUCUAUGCUACAUCUGACGGCCAUUCAGCUUUGCUGCACAGAUGUUUAGGAAUGCUUCUUCAGAAGGUUGAUGAUAGGAUUUAUGUCCGUGAAAAGAUUGAUUGGAUGUGUAGACAUUCAAGUAUGUCUAUUCCUGUUAAUCGCCUUGGACUUGCCCAAGGCAUUGGUCUGGUUGCAGCUUCUCAUUUGGACACAGUUUUGGAGAAGCUGAAGAACAUAUUAGAAAAUGCAGGGCAAAGUUCUCUCCAGAGGUUCCUUUCAUUUUUCUCAUUUAGAGAAAAAGUGGAGGAUGUUGAUGAUACAUAUGCAGCUCUGGCUUUGAUGUAUGGGUAUGCUGCAAGAUAUGCCCCAUCAACAGUUAUUGAAGCCAGAAUCAACGCACUUGUGGGGACUGAUAUGCUUGGAAGAUUCCUUCAUGUUCAACAUCCUACUGCAAAGCAAGCUGUCAUUACCGCAAUUGACCUUUUAGGCCGAGCUGUUAUUAGUGCUGCUGAAAUGGGAAUUUCGUUCCCACUGAAACGAAGAGAUCAAUUGCUGGAGUAUGUGCUAACUCUAAUGGGAAGGGAUCAAAGUGAUGAUCUUGUUGAUUUCAGCAUUGAGCUUCUGCAAACACAAAGUGUUGCUUUGAGUGCUUGUACUACUCUUGUUUCAAUAGAGCCAAGGCUACCUAUGGAAACAAGAAACCGUGUCAUGAAGGCAACCUUAGGUUUUUUUGCUUUGCCAACUGAACCCUCAAACAUUGUUGAGAGCCUGAUAACAAACCUCAUUAUUCUGUUAGGUGCCAUUCUGCUAACUAGCGGUGAAGAUGGUCGAAGCAGAGCAGAGCAGCUGUUGCAUAUUCUUAGACAACUCGAUCCAUAUAUUUCAUCAUCUGCAGAACACCAGAGGAGAAGGGGAUGUGUUGCUGUACAUGAGGUGUUAAUAAAGUUUCGCAAUCUUUGUUCUGGUGGAUUUGGUGCGAUGGGCUCCUAUCCAACUUUGAGCCUAAAACAAAUUGAUCAGGGAGGGCCUAGGGGCUCGUCAAGUUUGCCUUCUGCGUUUGUGUUGCCGAACCGAGAUUCAUUAAGCUUGGGAGAGAGGAUAAUGGCAUAUCUACCUCGUUGUGCUGAUACAGAUGAUGAAGUUAGGAAAGUUGCGAUUCAGAUCAUUGCACUUUUCUUCAAUAUAUCACUGUCACUUCCAAAGCAGAAGGCAUCUGCUAAUGACAUCGAUCUAGAAUCUUCAUAUGGUGCUUUGUCCUCCCUAGAGGACAUAGUCUCUAUCAUCAGAAGGAAUGCAUCUGUUGACCAGAUCGAAGUAUUUCAUAGGGUUGUCUCCUCUGUGUGUAUUCUACUAUCUAAGGAUGAGUUGGUUGUCUUGCUACACUCUUGCACAUUAGCGACAUGUGAUAAAGUAAAGCAAUCAGCAGAUGGUUCCAUUCAAGCUAUUAUAGUAUUUAUUAUCAGAAGAGGCAAGGAUCUACGUGAAGCUGAUGUACUGAGGACAACACAAUCUCUGCUGUCAUCAGCUGUUGCCCUUACCGACAAGCACUCGCGCCGAGAAGUUCUGAAUGCAAUAUCAUGCUUAGCAGAAAACACCAAUCACAUUGUGGUCUUUGAUGAAGUUCUAUUUGUGGCUGGGCGAGAUAUUUGUACAAAGGAUAUAACAAGAAUUCGUGGCGGUUGGGCUAUACAAGAUGUUUUUUACGCUUUCUCCCAGCAUAAGGUGUUGGCUACUCUUUUUCUGGAGUAUAUUUUAUCUAUACUUCACAAAGAACCUGUUGCAACAAAUGAUUCAGAAAAAGGGGAAACUAAUUCAGAGUCAUCAGCUGAUGACUGUAUUCUACAAGCAACUAUGUUUGCUCUCAAUGCGUUCCUGAGAGGUGGUGGGAAGGUCGGGAAACAAGCAGUUGAGCAAAGUUACCCUUCUGUUCUUUCUGCCCUGAUACUGAAGCUGGGAGCUCUUCACGGUCUUGCUGAAUUAGGCCGCAAUGAGCUUCUACGAUCGUUAUUAAUUGCAUUCCAGUCAUUCUGCGAAUGUGUUGGCGAUGUCGAGAUGGGAAAGAUAUUAGCUCGAGAUGGCGAACAAACUGAGAAGGAGAAGUGGAUUGAUCUUGUGCAAGAGGUUGCAUGCAGUUCCUCAGUAAAGAGGCCCAAUGAGGUUCUGCCAACAUGCGUUAUCUUGAGCAAAUCUCUCGACAGGAAUCAGAGGGCUGAAAGGGAGGCUGCUGCUGCUGCACUAUCAGAAUUUGUUCGCCACAGUGAAAAAGAACCUGCAUUGCUUGAACAAAUGGUUGAGGAAUUGUGUCAACAUGUAACCGAUGACUCACCGACUGUCAGGAGUCUCUGCUUGCGAGGACUUGUACAGAUACCCGAGAGCCACAUACUUAAUUACAUCCAGCAAGUCCUAGGUGUAAUAUUAGCAUUACUUGAAGAUGCCACCGAAUCUGUUCAACUUACUGCUGUCCAGUGCCUGUUAACCGUUCUUAAUGCGUCAGAACAAGAUGCUGUGGAUCCCAUUUUAAUAAGUCUCUUAGUAAGGCUAAGGAAUCUCCAGAUCUCCAUGAAUACAAAAAUGAGGUCCAAUGCCUUUGCAGCUUAUGGAGCUCUAAGUGCCUAUGGUGCUGGUUCACAGCAUCAUGCUUUUCUUGAGCAGACACAUGCCACCCUUCCACGUUUGAUCCUCCAUCUUCAUGAUAAUGACCUUAGCGUUCGCCUUGCCUGUCGGAACACAUUCCAGCUCCUAGCGCCUUUGAUGGAAGUAGAUGGCUUGUCUUCGCUCCUCAACAAGCAAUAUUUCACAUCCGAUCGGCGAUCUGAUUACGAGGACUUCAUUAGGGACUUAACAAGACAACUUUGUCGACUAUCUCCUGCCAGAGUUGACAGCUACCUAGAAUCUGCUAUCCAGGCAUUUGAUGCACCUUGGCCGGUCAUUCAAGCAAAUGCAGUUUGCUUGGUUAGUUGCAUGCUAUCCUUUUUGGAUGAUCAACGCUUCCUUGCUCCUUACUUCUCCCAGGUUUUCGCUAUGUUGGUUGGUAGAAUGAGCCAAUCACCAGAGGCCGUUGUUCGAGCAGCAGCAUCUUCUGCAUUGGGCCUCCUGAUAAAGAGGUCUAACAUGCUCAAGUCAUUGAGUUCACGGUUUGAUCGAACAGACCCAUCACAGAGUUCUCAGCAUGGAGAGCCUCACGCUAAAGCAUCACCUGAGCUUCAAGAAGAGGCUGCAGCAAAGCCAAAUGGUGCGCAAGGAGAACAAUAGAAGUAAUCGAAGCGGCUCUCUCUUGGAUGUAAAUCUCUUGUACAUGUACAGAGUUUAAUGUUCAUGCUGCCUGCCUGUACAUUUUGGGCCUCCUUCAACAAUAGAGCAUAGAGAGAUAAUUCUGUAGUCAUGUCCAUAGGUCUUUAGUGUUGAUUGUACAGCAGACUGUCGCAGUUCGUUGAUUGCUUGUAGAACUCGCUGUGUUCAGUAAGCAUGUAAUAUAACGAAGACACGCCUUCGGUCA